AUGCGUGCCGGAGCUUCGGCCCACGAGCUGGCCACCGUAUCUCGCCUUCAACCCGACCAUAGUGUCCGCGUCAAGGCAAUGACUGAGAUUGGUCGACUCCGGACGCUACAGCUGGAGGCAUGCCGACUGCAGCUGGCAAAGGCGGUACGCUCCUUGCACCACACAUCGACAUCGUUGAUACAAGCCAUGCAGAGGAUGCCACCCGCGGCGAACACACAGCAGUCUCAACACGCCCGCCGGGCUCAAGCGAUCAACCGCGCUAAGACCCUUGAAGCAACCACUACCCAAAAGUACGGGCAGGGUGUAAGCACCCUCCUGGAUGCGGUUCAAGAAGCCGUGGCCGCGCGGGCAAUGGCCACGGGCGCGGCGGCAAGGAUGGCAUUGGUCGAUCUCUACCUUCAGGGGGCUCAGUGCGUGAUUGUAAGCCAGGAUCUCUGCUUGGAGGUCGGGGUUGACACAGGCCCGCUCACCAACAUCGGGAGGCAUAUGGUCCAAAAAGGGCUCAAUGAAUGCAGGACCGUAGCGAGCAUCUCCUUGGGCAGCGUGCGGCAACAGCACGAAGAACACGUGGAGACGAGCAUGAAGCACCUCCUGCGCCUCGACGAAGUAAUGAGAGGAAUUUCCCAAAAGGAGGUGGAAAUCGUGAUGGCCGUGGCUGCGGACCCUGGCCUCUCCGGCGGGGUGACGAAGUACCACAAAUGCCCGAACGGUCACGUGUACGGUGUGGGAGACUGUGGUAUGCUGAACGGGCGCGGGGUUUGCCCGGAGUGCGGACUUGCCAUCGGCGGCCCAGGCUAUCAUUGA